AUUCCUAUUUCGGUAAUAAUAAGUAGGAUUAUUCACACCUUCUGAUUUAAAAAAAAAAAAGAGGAGGUCUUCCUUCGACUGGUAUCGAGAAGAAGCCCAUUUACUGGCCCACUGGAAAACGGCCCACUGGAAAUUAUUAAAUAGCUAAGGCUAGGGUUCUUGGGAGAUUGAUGUAGCAAUCAUGAAGCAAGCUCCAGAAAACAGAAUUUUUGUCGAGACAAUUGCACGUUUGGUUUCUCAAAAGGGGUUGGAGUUGGAGAGGACGCUCAUGUCCAUUGAUACAAAUUUUAAUGGAGAAAUUUUUAGGUUUUUCUGUAACUCAGACCCUAGUAACGUAUUCUACAAGCAAACGCUUAAUGAAUACCUUAAUUCUAAGAAUCAAGAGGAUGAUGAUUAUGAAGAAGAAGCCGAUUUUCCGUCGCCUCCAUCUCGUUAUCGGUAUCUUUCUUUUCGAUGUCCUAAUUCGAUCACACGCACGGACCUUAAUAUUAUUAAGCUCACAGCGCAGUUUGUGGCGCGGUACGGCAUGUAUUUUGUACAGGGUUUGAGGGAGAAAGUGGCUAACAAAUCUCAAUUUGAGUUUUUGAAGUCGAUGAAUAUCAGGUUUAGUUUCUAUAAUGGUCUUGUUCGUGCCUAUUCCACUGUAUUAAGGCCUUGCAGUGAUGAAAUUAUGAUGAAGAUUAGUAUUGCCUUUGUGGGCGUUUUUGAGGUUUUUUUCGACCGUCUUCAAUUGGAGAAGCUUGAGGAAGGAGAUGUUAUGGCUAUGAUUGAUUUGCAUGCUUUUGUGAGUGGUGUUGACUCUUUUGCUUACAUGGAUGAUCAAGACUUUAAUGAUGCCAUGCGUGAACCUGGACGCAUUUCAAUGAUGAUGCUACAAUUUUCAGAUAUAAAACCACUGGGAUCUAACCAGCUCACUACUAUUACUACUACUACUACUACUCAAGGUUGUGAUCAAAGACGUUGCUCUCGUGCAUAUAGAUUGUUUGAAAAGCGGGUCACUCUCAAGGAGCUUUGUAUCAUUAAGCUCACAGCGCAGUUUGUGGCUCGGUAUGGGCCUCGUUUUCGUCAGGAUUUGAUGGAGAGAGUGGCUAUGAACCCUUUGUUUGAAUUUCUGAAGCCAACUGAUAACAGGUCAAGAUUUUUCAAUUUUAUUGAAUAUGCUUAUUCUAGAGUAUUACUACCUUCAGAUCAUCUGUGGAAGAGUGUUGAUGGUUGUACGGGCGCCGUUCUUGAGUUUUUUUCAAAAUGUCUCCAAUUGGAGAAGCUGGAGGACGGUGUUGAGAUGGCUACUGUUGAUUUGCAUGCGCUUUUUGGUGGUCUUGACUGUUUUACUCACCUCAAUGAUGGAACCUAUUCUUAUAUCCCACCACCUGAACGCCUUUCAACGUUUAUGAGAUCUCAGCUCUGUAACCCUCAGAAUCACCAAGUAUGUGUACAAGAACCCGUUCUUGGGCCUAUAAGACUGGAUGAUACUAAAUCUAGAUUCACUGCAAAGGGGAUCACAACCAAGGAGCUUGGUAUGAUUAUGCUCACAGCGCAGUUUGUGGCGAGGUAUGGGUUCCAUUUCGGGUGGGAUUUGCGGAAGAGAGUUGUUAUGAACCGUCAGCUUGGGUUUAUGAAGCGAGCUGAUAGGAGGCAUGAAUUCUACCGUGGGCUUGUUAACGCGUAUUACCUAGUAUUAAGGCCUUCCACACAGCGGGAGGAGCGUGAUCCUUGUAUGGCAACAUUUCUUGAGAGGUUUUUCGAUAUUCUCCGAGUGAUGAAGCUGGAGGAGGAGGAAGUGGAGGGAGUUGGUUUGCAUGUCUUUGUGGGUGUUGUUGACUGUUUUGCUCGCAUGGAUGAUGAAGAGUAUUCUGUUGUCAUGCCACCAACACUAUGGAGGCCGCCUGGUUUGCCUCCUCCAAAGAGAUCUCCAGCUGCAGAUAUUCAUGAUUAUUGUGUUGAUCUUGAUAAUCCUGAGCCUCAUCCUUUUAGGGAUCAUCGUCUAAGACCUGCAUCUAUCCAAUCUCAUGCUAAGUUGUGUCUCACACACAAGCAGCUAUGUGUUAUCAAGGUCACGGCGCAGUUUGAGGCGCGGUAUGGGAUGGAUUUUAUGCGGGCUUUGAUGACGAGAGUGGCUGAGAAGACACCUCAACAGUUUGAGUUUAUGGAGGCCACUAGUGGUAGGAGGUUUGAUUUCUAUAGUCAGCUUGUUGAGUCAUAUUCCAGAAUAUUAAUGCCUUGCAAAAAGCUUGAUGCGGACACCGUUCUUGAGGGGUUUUUCCGUUUGGUGGAUUGUUUCCAGCAAGAGCGAGUGGAUUUUCCUAUGGGUUUAGUGGAUGCUGUUGACUGUUUUGCUCACAUGAAUGAUGUCAUCAGCCCACUACACAACCACAACAUUACACUGGUUUAUACUGGUCAAGCUAAUGUUCAGUGUCCACCCCCUUCAAUGCAACCAGAGCCAAAGAGACGAAGAACGGUGUCUGGAGAGAUACACAGUGAAGGAGACACAGCUUCCAAGGAUUGCGAGAUAAUUUGGACUAAAACGUGGGCAAGUCGUGAAGAUCAUUCGUCCUAGUGAAACUGCUGGUCGUUAUGUUUGUAUAAGCCACACGAAAAAAACAAAGCUUUGGUCGAUUGGAUUGCGAUGUGAACGUUCAAUAGUUGUGAAACAUAAAGAGUAAUGCUUUUGUACUAAACGAAAUUGUUGACUUUGAUCUUACC